AUGGUUUUCCCAGUUAAUUUUACCAUAGCGUUUUCUAGUUCCUAUGGAUCAUCCCAUGGUUCAAUCAGUGGAUUUAAUGAAUCUCAAAACUUACCUGUCUCGCAACCCUUAACUAGUCAGGAAGGCUCUUGUUGCAAGAAACAUUUGAAAUACUUCCAGAAACCGGCCAAAAGUGGAAAAAAGCAAAUAAUUGAGGAUUGUAUCAUUGAUAUUCAUGCUUUAUAUUCUUCGACCCACAAUCGAUAUCUAAAACCACCUUUUUCACAUAACAUACUACAUGUAUGUGCCUUAGCUAUCUGUAGUGUUUCUACUCGUCAACAAGAAGUUUCUGAAGUUUAUAGAUUUUUAAUGGCUUGUUUUCCUUACUUCAAAAUUGCUGGUCAACAUUGGAAAAAUUCCUUAAGACACAGUCUGGCUACCUGUGGUUGGUUCGCUAAAUCAGAUAGCCCACGAACUGCCAAGAAAGGGUAUAAAUAUACCAUAAGAUUGACCGUUUGUGAAUUUCUUAUCAAAAUGGGUUUGAUUACAUUGAGUCACGAAAAACUUGCCGAGCUUCGACAAAAGAAUAGGGAAUUCUAUACUUCAUUUCCCGAUGGAAUCGAAAUUGAAAUCCUGAAGAAUAAUGGCGCUGAAGCUUCAUGA